AUGGCACAGCCGUUCGGCUCCUCGUGUGACAUGAUUGGAAUUCCGUUCCAUCUACGACCACCCCCGGGGCGCACCCUCCACUCGCUGGUGAGGACCUUUGCCUCAACGAAGCCGGCCGAUUUAUCCGGGACGCAGGACAAGAGCACCCGGCAAAAGAUCAAUUUCCACGAGCUUAAACAUCCGAGCAAGGUUCCCCAGCGUCCAAACAAAUCUACGAUUGACGGCCAGUUGACACCAACCCGCAUCCCGGUGGACGCCCAAACGGUGCAGCUGCUGGAGCGGUUAAGCCUGGUGGAUCUGGACAGCGCCGAGGCCCACCGGACGUUCGAGGACGCGAUCGAGUUUGCGUCGCAGAUUCUGUCCGUGGACACCGACGGCGUAGAACCGCUGAACACGGUACUGGAGCGGGAGCGGAUGUGCUGA